GUUUAUAUUUUCCAGCCUGUAACUAAGACAGGAGUAUUUGUGGUUUGUGAUCAUUUUGUGAUGUGUCGGGUAUUUCAGGUGCCAGUGUGGGAAAACUGGCCCGAAUCUUACCCUGAAAGUGGCAGGCUGUUAAUGGCGAGCUGGUCGAAUGACAGCCGGGACUGUAGUCAUCACUGGAGGAAUAUUGGCUACGAUUAUCCUUCUCUGUAUAAUAAUCGUGUUGUGUUAUUGCCGCCUGCAGUAUUAUUGCUGUAAGCGAGAGGAAUGGGAUGGAGAUGAGGAGGAGCCUGAUUUUGCAGUCCACCCACAUUUGCCGGCUGCCUACUACAACUACAGCGCUGGAAAUGGAUUUCACUUUGGCUCUGUAGCUUACCCCCAAGAUCACUUCCAGUCCAGACCUUUCUGUUCCAACUGCAAGCCACUCUUCUAUGUACAUCAGAUUGAAGAGAUUCGGAAUGGGGGUGAGAACAUGAGCUACACCUCUGUCAGUGAGGAGGAUUUAGAAAUGCUGACGAAUCCCCAGGAACUGCCCUUAGGCAGGGCCAAGAUGGCCAGAGAGAUUUUUAGUAGAAGUCGAAGUAUCAGCACUGAUGUGUAAAGAGGUUUGUUAUUUAUGGUUUUUCUACCACAGCUGCUUUAUAGAACAAAAUUAGACCAUUAGUUUGUACAUUUCAUGAGAAAAUGGAUGGAAACAAUGAAUGCAACUCCAAAAGUAUCAGUAAGAUUCUUGCAAUCCCAAACAAGAAAGAACCAAUUACUCACAGUACAAAAAGAAUCAUCCGGAUAUAAAAAAAUGUAAUUUAAACAAAAAGUUAUUGAUGUAUUUAUAUAUUUAUUUUCUAAUGAAGGAGAUUCAUUUGAUGAAGUGUGAAUUUUGAAACCGAUAAAUGGACUGGAUAAAUUGCGGUGAUUUUUCUUAUUACUUUUGAUGGCUGCUAAUCUUGUUAUAUGUUAUUCAGUACGUCUGAUCUAAUUAUGUGACAGGAGGUAGAACAUGGCUGAUGAUGUAUUUGUGACACUGAUUAAUUCAACAUUGUAUAGGAACAUCAUUGUUCAAGGCACAUAAAUAAACCAGAAAAUUUGUAAAUCAGAAGUACAUUACCAUUCAGCACUUUAUCAGUGAUAGAUUCAUAAUAAAUACACUUGUUCUCUUAGUUUACAAUCUCUCUGCAGGAAUUUGAAAGAAAUUUUGUGGGGGAAAUCUGGAAAAGGAGCAGUAAUAGCAAGAAGGCAUUCUGCAAAAUAACAAGAAAAUUACUGUCUAGUUCAAAUUUAAACUUAUUUUUAUUUAUUUAUAUGUACACCUGAAAUAAUUUGGCCACUCAGGGUUCUCUUCACACUAGUGCAAGGAAAUUAUAGACAUUCAGCUGCCUCUGUCAAUCUAAGUUUCAGUGCCCAAAGGGGAUAUUUCCACUGGUGUUGAGUGGUUUUAGUAUAUAUUGCAAUAGAAGCUGGAACAUUGGAACCUGAUGUCUAUAUGUGUUAAAAUGGAUUUUUCCACUGAGUCACAGUAUACUGCUGUAAGCAAUGUGUAAGAAGGUAGGAACUGUGUUCCAUGAUAUUUUAUUCAGGAUAUUAGCUGGACCUGCCACUGCCUAGGCAUCAUACGUGUGCAUGCUGUUCUGCGUCCUCCUCUCAGCUCUUGUGUGUAAAUCAUGUUGUUGUCUAAAUUCCACUAUUAUAUUUGCUUCCAUCACACACACAAAACCAUGCUGACUAUUCCUGAUCAGGUCCUGACUAUCCAAGUGAUGGUAGAUCUUGUCCCUCAGGAUUCCUUCUAGUAACUUCACUGCAACUGAAGUCAGGAUCAUAGACCUGUAGUUUCCUUCCUGUCUUUUUUUGAACACUAGUCACCCUCCACUCUUCUGGAACUUUGCCAGUGGCUAAUAUUGAAGCAACCAUCUAUACUAGAGCUUCUGUUCUCUGGCUUUCCAUAAGGUGUAGGGAUGCACUUGGUCAGGCACUGGAGAUUUGCCCACUUUAAAGCCCUUCAAGGCUGCAAAUACUUUCUUUCUCAUGAUUCUAUGCUCUAAGACUUCACUACCUAGUACUCUCCUUUCUUCAACAUCCUUGAUAAUCUCAGUAAAUACAGGAGAAAUAGACAUUAAAAACCUCAAUCAUCUCCUGUGGCUCUACACACAAGUGGCCCUGAUGGUCUUUAAGAGGCCCUAAUCUCUCCAUAGACAUCCUUUUACUCUUAAUUGAAUUUAAGAACCUCUUGGGAUUAUUGUUAAACCUGCCAGUCAAAUCCAUAUCAUACCCUCUUUUUGUCGUCCUGAUUUCUCUCAUAAGCCCGGUCUAAAUCUUCUAUAUUAAUUGAGGGAUUCAUUCCUCCCAACUGCCAAAAUGUGAUGUAUGUUUCCUUUUUUUUCCCCUUACUAGAGCCUCAAUACUGUAUCUCUCAUUAGCCAGGGUUCCCUGAACUUGGUGCUACCCUUCACCCGAACAGGAAUAUGUUCCCUUGGACUCUUGAUAUGGCCCUCCAACUUGCUGUUCCUUUUCCUUUAAAUAGAGUCUCCUACUUGACUCCAGAUGGAUCCUGCCUAAUGCCUUCAAAGUUGGCCCUGUCCAGCUCAGGACUGUGGACCUAGGGUCAUAGAGCACUUCUAGUCCAUGCCAAACUAUUAUUCUGCCUAGACCAUCAACCUGUAUCUGGAACAUAGCCUUCCAUACCCCUCCCAUCCAUGUACUUAUCCAAAUUUCUCUUAACUGUUGAAAUCAAACUUGUACCUGCCUCUUUUGCUGGCAGCUCCAUCUUUUCCCUAACUAUUUUAAAACUAAUAGAUUCAUGGUCAUUGGACCCAAAGUGAUCCCCCUCAACUGCCAUUUCAAUUACUUAGCCCACAUUGUUCCCCAAAAGGAGGCCCAGUAUCCUCUGGCGCCCAUAUGUAAUGUAUGUAUGUGCCUGAGGAAGGGAAAUGCAUUUGUUUGGGAAAAACUCUAAUCCUCAAGCAAUUGAUAUGGGCAUGCAAUAUGAAGUGUACGCCAUGUGGGACAGCUAUCAAGAAGAGAAUCUGAUGCUUUCAAUGAUCUCAACAAUGUAUUGAGGGCACCAAACUUACUAUGGGAAGUACACCUAUAUCUCCAGGAGUUUCUAUCCUAGCAUUAAUCUCCAUUACAACCUCCUCUGUUAACUAACUUGGAUCUAGGGAACUUGACUACAAUGAGAUGACCUCUCUCCUCCUUAUCUACCAAAGAGUCCAGCUGUGAUGAAAAAGAAGGAUGACCUCCCUUUUAACUUGUUCUGAACUUAAUAAACAUGUGAAAUUGUGAAAAGAGCAUUUAUCUUUAAGAGGUGCAGUACUACUUUGAUUUGAACUACUGCUAGCCACUUAUACAAUUGCACCUUGUGGAUACGUGCUAAGUAUAGUUUGUAAUGGGUAGAUGCUGAAAUCAGGAUAACGAGGUGAGAGAAUAAAUCUUAUAUGCUUUCUGCACCGAGUUAAGCAGGUUUGGGUAAAUGCAUUGUAAUUCCUGCAAACAUUUUCCAAACUUCUCUUCAACAUGACCAAGUUGGAACAAUGCAAUAUUCAUAUUGCCAUGAAUACCAGGCAAUAAGUGAUAGAGGAAAGGCAGGAGCGAUGAUUUUAUUUCUGACUUUUGUAGUGUCUUAGUUGAAAGUAUUUAUUCUGAAAUAAUAAUGACUGCAAGGUGUCUAAAAUAUCGCAGAAAUUUAAAAUUUUUACCCUAUGGUCAAAGGAGCCAUCUUUUACUCUAAGGUUAAGAUACUUAUGCUCAAACUAUUUUUGGCAAAGAGGGUCAUUGAUUCCUAAUAGAAAUUAUUAACAGCAAUUAUACUCUACCAUCUACAAAAAGCAAGUCUUAAUUACUGAAGGUGUGCAGGUUAGAAUGUUCUGAUUACUUCCAUAAAAUGUUGCAUCAAAGUACAUAUUACUCGUAAUUAUAGAUGAUCAGAAUUGCAUUAGAGCAAAUCUUAUUGUUAGCAUUUUUGAGCUUAAUGAAUCAAUUCAAUACAAUAGUGUGCAUGUAUAUAAGGAAGAAGAAAAGAGAUAAUGGAAUUGCCAAGAGUCAACAGGUUCAGAUAUAGGAACAGAGAGGUUUUCUCAUGGCAGAAAAAUGAAUUAAUGAGAAUACAGUUGGGUGUUGUCAAUGCACAUAAAAAUUGCUCACUCAUGGCAAAAAGGAAAAAUUAUGCAUUUUUCACAAUCUCAGGGACACCCCUUGGAAGACAAUUUAGUUACUUUAGAAACCAGGUUUAAGUCAACAAAAUCUUCACAUUAAAUUAAUAGUUUUGAAUUUUGUACAGAUUUCUUUAGAACUUCUAGCACUGUAGAUUUAUGUUAUUCUGGUAAAAUGUUUGUCAUUAAGCAACACAGAAACUUUUCAACUCUGAUAAUGGAGGAUCACUGAAAUACCUGAAAAUAAACCACUGUGCCGACAGAACGACCUUGGCUUCUACCCUAUCAAAGAUUUCUCUCCAUCCCUCCUUGGAGUUUAAAAAAGUGUUUUCUUACUUUUCCAGUUUUGAAGGAUCUUAGACCUGAAAUGUAAACUGUCUUUCUCCACAGUCAGUGUCUGAUUUGCCAAGUAUUUCCAGCAUGUGCAGUGUCUAUAAUGCUUUCAAUCAAGAGUGCAGUAAUUUGGUUUGAGAUUCGGAAAGUUUAUACCAACGAAUUUUCUAAAGGACAAAAAUGAGGGCACUGAUUUACAAGGCAAUGGAGAUAUGGAUAAAGUUUCAUUAGUAGAGAAACUGAAAGUGGGUAAGGCUGGUUGGACAAUAAAGACAAAGAAUACGAUCUUGAUAAUUGUCUUGUAAGGGAAUGGGAAGUUUGUGGCUGCACAUCAUAACAAGCUGUGCAAACAGCACAUGAAGUUGAUUGAAUGGGAUGGAGGUGGAGUGGGGCCAUGUAAACUGAAUAGAUCUUUUGCAUUUUUGAUGUCGGGGAAGCAAUACUUACUGACAGAAUCAACCUGGAGCCAAGGGUGGAGAAGAAGCAGAGUUUGGUCAGCAGGUCAGGCAGCAUUUACGGAAAUGAUUAGA